UCAAGUCUUUUCUUUUCCUGGUUGUUCCAUUUCAGCCCCCACUACUUUCUCAAUCUGUCUCCAAAAGUCACCGUCACCAUUUCCGAUUCUGCAGAGAAACAGUAGUAAACUCGAAACUACAGAGUCUUCCCUCAGUCCAAACUCUUGUGCAUCAGAAUAGUCAAAUCUCCAUUCUCAUGUUCUAGUCCAACUUCACAGCCCCUCAUGCUUCUACAGCUGGGGCUGUAAUUCACUUCAACAAGAAAUAAUAAGUAAUCGAUUAAUCAGUAAUCACUAAACCCUAGCUAUGGUAUUCAAAGGUCGAUUUUUCUCAUCUAAGAAAUCCGACCCAUCAAGCCCAGAUGGAUCCUCCAACAACAGUCCACGAUCCCUUGGGUCCAAUUCCCCGAUCCGAUCCGACAAGAAGAAGUCUAAGUCCACUUCUACUUCUACUUCUAACUCUCCUAUUACCCCAUCUUCCAUUUCAACAUUUGCUACUAAGAAAAAAGAUGUUAAAGGUAAAGAAAGUCCGAGCCCGAGUCCGACUUCCACUAAGAAUCCGGCUAAGGAAGUGGGGCCUACGUCUGUAUCAGUGUCGCCGAUUGUGGCAUCAUCGUUGGGAUUAAAUAAGAUAAAGACUCGAUCUGGGCCGUUGCCACAGGAGAGCUUUUUUGGGUAUGCUAGUAGAGAUAAGGGGAAUUCACUGGGUGCUAGCAAUCUGUCAAAGAAUGUAGCGGGCCCGUCGAGUUCUAUCUCGGGUAAGAAGAGUGUUGAGAAGAAGUCAGUGAUGGGUUCCGCGGAUAAUGUGAGAAAUUCAGAUAGUAUGUCCUCUGAGAGUGGUCAUUCCAGGGAGCAAAGUCCACGUGUACCUGGCCCAUCAAGGCUGCAGAAUGGUGAAUCAUCUUCUGAAGCAGGCCAGUUCAGUUCAUCUUGGGGCUAUUCUGGAGGUCUGAGGAGCUCAGAUGUUACUCCAGAAUUGAAGGCAUCUUAUGAAUGUGACAACCCAAAGGAGUCUGAAUCACCACGCUUUCAAGCUUUACUCCGGGUAACUAGUGCUCCUAGGAAAAGGUUUCCUGCAGAUAUAAAAAGUUUUUCGCAUGAACUAAAUUCCAAAGGUGUACGGCCUUUUCCAUUCUGGAAACCUCGAGGAUUAAACAACUUGGAGGUAAUUCAACCGUUUUGCAAGCUUCAUGUUACUUUUCUAAUUUUGCAGAUGAAUGAACUUGCCGAUAUUGCUCGAUGUGUGGCAAAUACGCCUAUAGAUGAUGAUCGCUCUUUGCCUUAUUUGCUUUCUUGCCUUGAAGAUUUAAAAGUUGUGACUGAGCGCAGAAAGUUGGAUGCGCUUACUGUGGAAACAUUUGGAACUCGCAUUGAAAAGCUGAUUCGGGAGAAGUAUUUGCAACUAUGUGAGCUGGUCGAUGAUGACAAAGUUGAUCUAACGAGCACUGUUAUUGAUGAAGAUGCUCCCUUGGAAGAUGAUGUUGUACGUAGCUUGAGAACCAGCCCAAUUCAUUCUAAAGAUCGUACGUCUAUUGAUGACUUUGAGAUUAUCAAACCAAUUAGUCGCGGGGCAUUUGGUCGGGUUUUCUUGGCGAAAAAGAGAACAACUGGGGAUCUCUUUGCAAUUAAGGUCCUGAAGAAGGCAGAUAUGAUACGCAAGAAUGCCGUUGAGAGUAUUUUGGCAGAACGUGAUAUCUUAAUAUCAGUUCGAAAUCCCUUUGUGGUUCGCUUCUUCUAUUCAUUUACUUGCCGUGAAAACUUGUACCUUGUGAUGGAGUACUUGAAUGGUGGGGACCUAUAUUCAUUGCUGAGAAAUCUAGGCUGCUUAGAUGAAGAUGUCGCUCGUGUUUAUAUAGCUGAAGUUGUGAGAGUUAGUUUUAAUUGGUGUAACUUUUUCCAGUUGACAGACUUUGGGCUUUCUAAAGUUGGUCUUAUCAAUAGCACAGAUGACUUGUCUGGUCCAGCAGUCAGUGGGACAUCCAUGAUGGAAGAUGAUGAAUCUCACCUAUCUGCAUCUGAGCAUCAGCAGGAGAGGCGGAACAAACGUUCUGCAGUAGGUACACCAGACUAUUUGGCGCCAGAGAUCCUUCUGGGAACAGGGCAUGGUUUCACAGCUGAUUGGUGGUCUGUGGGUGUUAUUCUCUUUGAGUUGAUUGUCGGUGUUCCUCCUUUUAAUGCAGAGCAUCCUCAGAAAAUAUUCGAUAAUAUUCUCAAUCGUAAGAUACCUUGGCCAGGGGUUCCUGAUGAAAUGAGCGCUGAAGCACAAGAUCUGAUUGAUCAGUUACUAACAGAAGAUCCUAAUCUGAGGCUUGGGGCCAGCGGAGCAUCAGAGGUGAAGCAGCAUCCAUAUUUUAGAGAUAUUAACUGGGACACACUGGCUAGACAGAAGGCUGCGUUUGUGCCUGAAUCAGAAGGUGCACUGGAUACUAGUUACUUCACNCUGUUGGAUGCAUUCUUAAAUCGCUUUAAGAGGAUGACAUACUGUUUUAAUGUUAUCUGGAUCUUCUUUGAUCUUUUCUUCUACCUUUAUGCUGCGAUACCACUAUUUUUUUUCACUUUCUUCCAACAGAAUCUCUCCCAGCUUGCAUCAAUCAAUUAUGAUUUGCUUACAAAGGGUUGGAAAGAUGAUCAUCCGUCAAAUCCUAAUGCAUAGCCACUGGGAACAGCGGCUGUAUAGUAUUCAAACCUCGGUCUCUUGGGCUGAUAGAAUCAAACAGAACGUGGGCCAAUCAUCUCCCUGUCUUUACACCUUGUAAAUAUAUAGAAGCAGCUUAAAGAUCACGAUGAGGACUACUGGGGAUGUUCGUCAUACAGAGAAAUCUCAUGCUGUGAGGUUGUGCUUUGAAUCGUUUUAUUUAUAGUUUGGCAACCUUGUGUCUCAUGCAUGGCCAUGAGAUGCCUUGUGGUUUUUGACUUCAGGCUUUUGAUUGUUUUGUAAAUGUCCCUCCACAGCAAUGAGAACACAUCUCCUGUUUCGAAAGGGAUUGGACUUGUUGCCUCAAAUUUUGCCUUUUGUAGUCUCUUCCAUUCCUUUGAUUCUUC